CUCUGCGAUAUCGAAUCGCCUAUCUGCUAUGCCCACCAAGAAACUAUUUGACGUUAUCAGAACUGAGGAAACAACAUUUCGGAGGGGUAUCCUAUUUCUCGCUAUCAGCUCCUCCAUCUCGCUCGUUAUACCAGCCUCUAUUGGCAGCCUAAUCGAUCUCUUCUCCGGCGCAAAACCAGAUGCUUUCUAUGGUUUCUCUCUCCCAGUUGUUACAUCCGGUCUCGGUUUGCUAUUCGCAGUCGGUGCAGCUGCCAACGCCGGUCGCGCUAUGUUAUUUCGUCUCGCCGGUCAGCGUAUCGUGAACAGACUACGCGUAAGGGCAUACUCAAACUCUCUCAAGCAGGAUUUAGAAUUUGCCGACAAGGGUAGCGGAGAUACGCUCUCUAGGCUCACGUCCGAUUCUACUAUUCUGACAGAUUGCGUCACUCAAUCGCUCUCUGACGGUUUGAGAGCUAGUGUUUUCAGCGUAUUUGGUUUGGGCGCAAUGUUCUUCAUUAGCAGCAAGCUCACUACUGUGAUGCUCGCGAUAGUCCCACCUAUAGCCAUUGGUGCCGUCUUUUACGGUCGCUAUCUCAAGCGACUCUCAACCGCUUCGCAGGAUGCCCUCGCGGAUGCUAGCAACCUUGCUAGUGAGCGCCUCAAUGCUUUCAGAACGGUCACUGCUUUCAACAGACAGGACGAUGAGAGUAGGAGAUUCGAGAAGAAGAUCGCGAGAGUCCUAGAGCUAGGCAGGAAAGAAGCCGUCGCUAGCGGUGUUUUCUUUGGUAGCACAGGCUUCUCUGGGAAUAUGUCCGUACUUGCUUUACUUGCAUACGGUGGUCACCUCGUCGGUCUCGGUGAAAUUACAAUCGGAAACCUAUCAUCAUUACUCUUAUACUCUGCUUAUGUAGGCAGCUCAUUGUCCAGCCUGACUUCAUUCUACAGCUCAAUGAUGCGCGGUUUGGGAGCUGGUGAAAGAGUCUUUGCAUUGAUUGAACAAAAACCUCAGAUCAAACUCGGUCAAGGGUUUGACAUGCCUAGUGUUGUAGGAAACAAGGCUAGUGGGACUAUCAGGUUUGAGAAUUGCGCCUUUUCAUACCCCACCAGACCUGAUGCUACAAUUUUAAGAAACGUCUCUUUCGAAGUUCCCCAAGGUCAAAGUGUUGCAAUUGCAGGACCUUCAGGUGCUGGAAAAUCAUCAAUCAUCGGACUUGUAAUGAGAUUCUACGAUCCUAGUUCUGGUCGUGUUACUUUCAAUGGACAUGACAUACGCUCAUUUAAACCUGAAAGCUGGCGUGAAGUUAUAGGUGUAGUAGAGCAACGCCCUGUCUUAUUCGCCGGAACAAUUGAAGAAAACAUAAAAUAUGGUAUGCCAAAUGCAACAAGCCACGAAGUUUACGAGGCGGCAAUGCAAGCAAAUUGCGAGUUUAUAAAGAGCCUCCCUAGGGGAUUCCACACUGUUGUAUCUUCAACCGCACUCAGUGGAGGACAAAUCCAACGCAUAGCAAUCGCGAGGGCGUUAUUGAAAAAGCCAACGUUAUUGAUCCUAGACGAAGCUAGCAGUGCACUUGAUGCUAAAUCUGAAUCGCAGGUUAAUGAAGCAAUAAGGAGGAUCCUCGACCAAAGUCAAACAACUGUUAUCGUAAUAGCUCACCGUCUAUCGUCACUCAAGUCAGCUCACAAGAUUGUCGUAUUGGAGGAUGGAAUAAUUAGUGAAUCUGGUAGCUUUGACGACUUGACUUCAAAACAGGGCAGGUUUAGACGACUUAUGGCCGAGCAAUUGUCUAGCGUUGAUACAAAGCAAAGCGAGAUUAUAAUCGAUGAUCGAAAAUCCCUUGAAUGAGUAAAUUUCUAUAGAGUUU